CAUGCGCAGAUCCCGGCGGGCGAGACCUUGUUUAGCUGCGGCCUCCAGGCUACAGAUUGUCCACAUUUUGCCUCAAAUCAUCUUGUCCUCCCAGGGGGAAGGAAAUGGCUGCAGUGGAACUGGCUCAGCAGGGUUUCCAAUUUCCAAACCUGAUGUGAUCUCACAGCUGGAACAAGGGGAGGAGCCAUGGGUCCCGGACCUCCAUGGCUCUGAGAAAGAAAUGUCCCCGAGAGCUGCCUACACAGGCAGUGACCUAUGUCUGGAUUCUCUCUGUUUCCCAUCACGUGAUAGGAUGAUGAGUGAGAAUGAGGAGAAACCCCAUCAGGAAGAUGCUGAGCAAGUAGAACCACAUGGAACAUUUUCAGGAAGAUCCAAAGGGAAUGUUUCCAGGAGUUGCGCACUUCCAGAAAAAGCGAAAGCCUGUGAGACUCAGGAUUGGCUAGAGGAAAAUUUCAGUAGCCUCUCAGACCUUAUCACAAGUGAGAGAAUCAACUUGGAAGAGAUACGCUACAGAUGCCAUGAGUGCAGGAACAGCUUCAGUCAGAGCUCAAACCUUAUCACACAUCAGACAAUCCACACAGGGGAAAUGCCCUACACAUGCUCUGAGUGUGGGAAAAGCUUCAAUCAGAGCUCAAACCUUAUCACACAUCGGAGAAUCCACACACGAGAGACGCCCUACACAUGCUCUGUGUGUGGGAAAAGCUUCAAUCAGAGCUCAAACCUUAUCAGACAUUGGAGAAUCCACACAGGAGAGAUGCCCUACACAUGUUCUGUGUGCAGGAACAGCUUCAGUCAGCGCUCUGACCUUAUCACACAUCAGACAAUCCACACAGGUGAGACACUCUGCACAUGCUCUGAGUGUGGGAAAAACUUCAGUUGGCGCUCACAUCUUAUCACACAUCAGACAAUCCACACAGGAGAGAAGCCCUACACAUGCUCUGAGUGCGGGAAAAGCUUCAGUCGGAGCUCAGACCUUAUCACACAUCAGAGAAUCCACACGGGAGAGAAGCCCUACACAUGCGCCAAGUGUGGUAAAAACUUCAAUCGGCGCUCACACCUUAUGAAACAUCAGAAAAUCCACACAAGAGAGAAGUCCUUCACAUGCUCUGUGUGCAGGAACAGCUUCAGUCAGCGCUCUGACCUUAUCACACAUCAGACAAUCCACACAGGUGAGACAAUCUACACAUGUGCUGAGUGUGGGAACAACUUCAGUCGGCGCGCACACUUUAUCAGACAUCAGAGAAUCCACACAGGAGAGAAGCCCUACACAUGCUCCAAGUGUGCCCUUAACCCUCCGUCCUUGGCACCGAGCACUGACAGCACUCCUCCGGCCCCGGACCGCGCUGGCUCUGCCAAGACGCCUCGGCACCGGCCUUCUCCAGUGCAGGGACCUGACCGAAGGCCUUCAACUUCCUCCACACCUUCAGUGCAGACUCAUCCGGAUCGCCCGGCACCUACCCCUGCCGCGGCACCGACGACCGUGGUACUGUCGACUCCGGUCCUGAGAGGGCCAUCGAGUCCGGUUCAGGAGAGCUCCCUGGUGAGACCCAUGGUCGAGCUGACUGUCCCCUCGCCGGAGACAUUCUCCUCGGCCAGGGACCUUAUUGUGAUGACUGAAUCUGCCCUGCCUCACCCCCCCGGCACCGCCGGUGUGGGUUCUCCCUUCCAGAGGCAAGCCUGCCGCUAUGAGGCCUCCUUCACUGGAGUCGAUGAGCUGGCACCGGUCCUGAUCCAUAUCCCGGCACCGCUCAAGGUCUCGUGGUCAGUCCCGAUCUUGACGCCACUUGCAGUCCCGGCACCGGUCAUAUUCGCGGCACAGAUCCACCUCUCGUCCUGGUCAGUACUCUCAAUACCACUCCAGCUCUAG